CGAAAUUGACAGGGUAACACUAUGCACUAACCUAAAAACACUCCGAGUUUUGCGAUGAACCAAACCNAUAAGCAUAAAAUAUGUAUGCUAAGCUCCUUCAUUCUACUCUUCACCUUCCAUUUUUGUUCUUGUUCUGAUACCAUAUCUGCUGACAAAGCCAUCAGAGAUGGCGAGCUUCUUGUUUCCAAAGGCAAAACCUUUGCUCUUGGAUUUUUNAGUCCAGGAAAAUCCAAAUCCCGCUAUGUGGGAAUAUGGUUCAACAACGUGAAAGAACAAACUGUUGUUUGGGUUGCAAACAGAGACACUCCCAUCAAUGACACCUCUGGGGUUCUCUCUAUCAACCCAGAUGGAAACCUAGUCCUCCACCACAACUAUAGCACUAGUCCCAUUUGGUCUACCAGUGUUUCACUCACACAAUCAAAUACCACUGCCACUAACGUCAUAGCUCAACUCUCAGACCUAGCAAACCUUGCUCUGAUUCUUAACGACACCAAAACUCUCAUCUGGCAAAGCUUUGAUCAUCCCACAGACACCUUGAUUCCAUAUCUAAGAAUUGGUUUCGACAGAAGAGCUAACCAGAGUUGGAUCCUCCAAUCUUGGAAGACAGAUGAUGACCCCGGAACGGGUUCUUACACAUUGGAAUUGAGCAGCACUGGGAAGGCACAGUUGUUCUUGUAUCACCAGAACCUUCCCCUGUGGCGAGGUGGAUCAUGGAACGGUGAGUUAUUUAUGGGUGUACCCAACAUGAAAAGAGAUUUGCUUACUUUUAAUGUUUCUUUUACGGAAGAAGAAAACCUCGUAGCACUCUCGUUUAACCCGCGUGAUAAUUCCUUGAUCACUUGGGUGGUGGUUCAGCAAUCAGGUUUCUUUAACGUAUUCACUUGGGAUAACCAAAAGAAUCAGUGGAACAGGUACUGGUCUGUGCCAAUAAACCAAUGUGAUAACUAUGGAACCUGUGGCUCAAACGGUAAUUGUGACCCUUUGAACUUUGAGGAAUUUCGGUGUACUUGUCUACCUGGGUUUGAACCCAAAUCCCCACAUGAAUGGUACAAUAACAGAGAUGGGUCAGAAGGGUGCGUGAGGAAGAAAGGUGUAUCCGUUUGUGGUAAUGGAGAAGGGUUUGUGAAAAUUGAAGGCUUAAAGCUUCCUGAUACAUCUGAGGCAACUGCCAAAGAGGGUUGGAGUUUGGAUGAGUGUGAGAAAGAUUGCUUGAGAAACUGCUCUUGCACUGCUUAUGCAGUUCUUGAUGUGAGGAAUGGUGGAAGUGGGUGCUUGGCAUGGCAUGGAAAUUUAACAGACAUACAAAAACUGAGUGAUCAAGGUCAAGAUUUAUUUGUCCGUGUUGAUGCAGAAGAACUAGCAAAUUAUAACAAAAAGACAAAAGGAUUACGCGGUAAAACGAGGAUUGCUGUAAUUGUGACUGCUUCUGCAGUAGCAAGUAUCAUUAUCCUCUUCGCUCUGUAUUUCCGGUGGAAGAAGAAAACCAAAGAUAAAGUAAUGCAACAUUUAGACCAACUUUCCCCUGGACAUGACAACGGUAUCCAAAGCAGCACGCAUAGAAAUCUUCCAUUUUUCAGCCUUAAAGUGAUAAUGGAAGCCGCAAGAAAUUUUGGUGAUGAGAACAAGCUUGGGCAAGGUGGAUUUGGUUCUGUCUACAAGGGCUGCCUAGCUAAUGGACAAGAGAUAGCAGUGAAAAGAUUGUCUGAACAUUCAGGUCAAGGGACAGAAGAGUUUAAAAACGAAGUUACAUUGUUAGUUAAACUUCAACACAGAAAUCUAGUGAGGCUGCUCGGUUGUUGCUUUGAAAAAGAAGAAAGGAUGUUAAUUUAUGAAUAUUUACCAAAUAAAAGCUUGGACUUCUUCAUAUUCGAUGAAAAGCGAAGGUCAUCACUGACAUGGGAUAAGCGGUUUGAAAUCAUUUUGGGAAUUGCUCGAGGUGUUCUAUAUCUUCAUCAAGAUUCAAGGCUGAAAAUAAUUCAUAGAGAUCUAAAAGCAAGCAAUGUGCUCCUUGAUGCUGCAAUGAAUCCCAAAAUCUCAGAUUUUGGUAUGGCUAGAAUAUUUGGAGAAGAUCAAAUCCAAGCAAGGACGAGAAAAGUGGUCGGAACAUAUGGGUAUAUGGCACCAGAAUAUGCUAUGGAUGGACGGUAUUCAACAAAAUCUGAUGUCUUUAGUUUCGGGGUCUUACUCUUGGAGAUUAUUGCUGGCAAGAGAAAUACAGAUUCUGAAAGGGGAAGAUCCUCUCGAAAUUUAAUUGGACAUGUGUGGUUACUUUGGACAGAAGGAAGGGCGUUGGAUAUAGUUGAUUCAACACUGGGUGAGUCUUAUUCUCCAGCUUUUGUUCUGAGGUGCAUUCAGAUUGGUCUAUUGUGCGUGCAAGAAAAUGCAGCAAAUAGACCUUCAUUGUCAGAAGUUGUUUUCAUGCUAGGCAAUGAAACAAGUCUUUCCCGUCCCAAAAAGCCAGCGUUUUUACUGAAUGGAGAUUUGGCCGAGUCAUCAUCAGGUGGGGGAUCUUCAAUAAAUGAAGUAACAGCAACUACUGUCAGUGCUCGUUAGCUAAAGCCUACCUCAAUUGUGUAUAUAUAUAUAUAUGAAAAAUGUUAUUUUAACUAUUUUUUUUACAAUUUUUUUAGAAUUGUCUGUGAUUGAUCCAUCUUAAAUAAACAGAUUAAUAAAAUAGUGACGUAUACUU